UCUCCCUAGCUUGCUAGAUAUAGCCGCACAAAAUCCCACAAACUUGUAUUAAUUUACAGCAAUGGUCACCGUACGGAACCAAUCAAAACACGUGUGUGUGAUCGGGUCGGGGCCGUCGGGGCUUGUGGCGGCGAGGGAGCUGAGAAAGGAAGGGCAGAGUGUGGUGGUUUUGGAGCAAAACCAUGAUGUUGGAGGCCAAUGGCUGUACGACCCACAUGUGGAGGGAGAGGUACACAGUAGCAUUUAUGCCUCUUUGAGGCUGAUAUCUCCGAGGGAGAUCAUGGGGUUCUCUGAUUUUCCAUUUUUGGUCAAGAAAGACAGGGAUAUUAGAAGAUUCCCCGGCCACAGGGAGCUUUUUCUGUAUCUGAAAGAUUUUUGUGAGUGGUUUGGGUUGAGGGAGAUGAUAAGGUUCAACACGAGGGUGGAGUAUGUGGGGAUGCUGGAUUCUGGCGCCAUUGGGAGGGAUUUGAAAUGGGUUGUGAGGAGUAGAGAGAAGAAGGCUGAGAAGGUGGUGGAGGAGGUGUUUGAUGCGGUGGUUGUCGCCACUGGACAUUACUCUCAGCCUAAGUUGCCUUCCAUUAAAGGCAUGGAUGAGUGGAAAAGGAAGCAAAUGCAUAGUCACAUUUACAGAGAUCCCCUGCCAUUUCGCAAUGAGGUUGUGGUGGUGGUUGGAAACUCGUUGAGUGGACAAGAUAUAUCAAUGGAGCUUGUUGAUGUGGCAAAGGAAGUCCACCUCAGCUCCAAAUCUCUUGACAUUACCGAAGGUCUAUCAAAAGUCAUCUCCAAACACGAGAACUUGCAUCUUCGUUCUCAGAUUGAAUCUCUUCAUGAAGAUGGACGGGUUCUCUUCGUAGAUGGGUCUUGGCUCAUUGCUGAUUCUAUCCUAUACUGCACAGGGUAUUCAUAUGGGUUCCCAUUUCUUGACACCAAAGGGAUCGUUGGUGUGGAUGAUGACAGAGUGGGGCCUUUGUAUGAGCACACUUUCCCUCCUUCUCUUGCUCCCUCUCUCUCUUUUGUAGGUAUUCCCAGAAAGCUUAUAGGGUUCCCUUUCUUUGAGUCACAAGCAAAAUGGAUAGCUCAGCUCCUAUCUGGCAAAAGAGCAUUGCCAUCAUGGGAUGACAUGAUGCAGUCCAUUAAGGAGUUCUACCACUCUCGGGAUCUUGCUGGCAUUCCAAAGCAUAACACCCACGAUAUCGGCGAAUUCGAGUAUUGUGAUAGAUAUGGAGAUAAUGUUGGGUUCCCACACUUGGAAGAAUGGAGGAAACAGAUAUGCGUUUCAGCUUUAGUAAAUGCUGUGGCCAACUUAGAGACAUAUCGUGAUUCAUGGGAUGAUGAAGAGCUGCUUCAAGAGGCUCUUCAAAGCCCUUAUUUCACUCAACUUCAAAAUGAAGCUUUUACUCAGUGAAUGAAUUAAAGCCGGCCUAUUUGGUUUUCUUGGACCAUCAUAAUAAUUAUAUUCAAGUAAAAGUAUUUGGUUUUCUUUCUUUCUUUUUUCUUUUUAUUCUCUAUUGGGGGGGACUAGGAGGAACUUAAUUAAUUACUCAUGUUGUAAAAGAA